UCGAAAACUUUAUGUGCAUGAAUAAACGCUAUUAUUUACUUGUGCUAUACGUUCUGACCCCUUUCUCUCUCUUACUUUUUAUUGGCCAUUUCUUUUCCUCUCUAAAAUGCUAGUGGUUCUCCUCUCCUUUUACCUUUCCUUGAGCUCAAACUUGUUUGAUGGGAGGAAGAUGUUAGCAGCUUACACAAAAGGGUAAAGUUUGUACAAGCAUUUGGAGAGAGAGAGAGAGAGAGAGAGGGAGAGAGAGAAAGAGAGAGGGGGAGAGAGAGAGAGAGAUGGACAACGAAACAAACCAAGAAAACACAUCUCUACUCCCAAACAAUUACACCACCACAAACACCAAGGAAUUAGAGUCUCCUCCGAGAUCAAAACCUCCUCAACAGCCUCCUCUCGGCGGCAGCGGCAGUGACAGGCUCAAAAGAGAUGAGUGGAGUGAAGGGGCAGUUUCUACCCUCCUUGAAGCCUAUGAGACCAAAUGGGCUCUCAGAAACAGAGCCAAACUCAAAGGCCAUGACUGGGAAGAUGUGGCGAUACACGUGUCAUCACGCGCCAACUGUACCAAGUCUCCCAAGACCCAGACUCAGUGCAAGAACAAGAUUGAGUCCAUGAAGAAACGGUACCGUUCUGAAUCCGCCACUGCUGAUGGUUCAUCCUGGCCUCUGUAUCCUAGGCUUGAUCUUUUGUUACGUGGCAGUGGGCUAUCCCCAACAACAGCAGCGGCAGCUGCUGCCGCUGCUGCAGCAACUGUACCUCCCUCGCUGCAGCCACCACUACCACUGCAUCCUCCAAUCCCUCAGAACAAUCAUCCUCUGAUGCUAUUGGAGCCAUCGGCUCCAGCGCCACUACCGCCGCCACCACUACCUCCUGCUCCUCCUCCACUUAUGGGGGCUGCCCAGAAUUCCUUUGGAUCCAAUGGUGUUGAUCAUAGGGUGGCCAAGGAAGAUGGAGGGGGGAUGAAAUUGUCAGAUCAUGCAUCAGACAAGAACCCUUUGGAGGUAGACAGUAGCACACCAGCUCUAUAUAGUGACAAGGAAAAACUAAGGUCCAAGAGAAUGAAGAGAAAAAUCGAGAAAAAGAAGCGGCGGAGGCGGGAGGAAGUAGAGGUAGCAGAGAGCAUAAGAUGGUUAGCAGAAGUUGUGGUAAGAUCAGAGCAAGCAAGAAUGGAUACAAUGAGGGAGAUAGAGAGGAUGAGAGCCGAGGCAGAGGCGAAGCGAGGAGAAAUGGAUCUCAAGCGCACCGAAAUUAUUGCGAACACGCAGUUGGAGAUUGCAAGGCUGUUUGCAGCAGCAGGUGUUGGCAAAGGGGUUGAUUCUUCAUUAAGAAUUGGAAGAAGUUAACUGAGGAAAAAUGUUGAAACUUUGAGAGUAUGAUAUAAAUAUAUGUAUGUAUGUACAGAAUUUAUGUAGCAUUGGAUAUUGAGAGAGAAGAAGGGAGAACUUUUGGAAGCAAAAGUGAGGGAGAGUCGACUAAUUAACUUGUAAUAUAAUCCGAAUUAAGUAGUUAUUGUCGUACAAUAACAUAUCUUACCUCAAUUGUAAUCUACAUGUUCUCUCUUUCAGCCAGCAAUAUCAGUGCUUAGACCUAGAAGGUUACAUUGCAUCGGU